GCUACGCCCCUCUGGUUAGACAAAAUGCAAAAGCUGGGUGUCGAGUGAAAAAUAUAAGUCGAUCGCCGCUGUAAUUAAGUGAAAAAGUCAUGUUGGUCGAGAAUUUUCACACUUGGACGAGGACAGGAGACCGCGGCAGAGCUUCUUGCUGCAGAGGAACGUAAUUAAAUUGCGGACACCUUGAGUUCAACAUUUGAAGUCCGCCCCCAAUUGUGACUCUUGAAAUGGGUCGAUCAGCCACUUUUUCAAAGCUCUUCUGCGCUUCAAUUUUGAUCGCAUUUUCUGCGGCCGAGACUUCCUUCAGUUUGGGCUCGCAGGAAUUGGACAUCCUGGUUGGCGAAACGAAAGUCAUCAACCUUCAAGUUACCGACCUCACGCAAAGAGUGAACGCGUCAGUGCAAACAUUGCACUCAGGGAUUUUGGAGCUGAACCCAAAGUCAAUUAUUAUUAAUCCUCCUGCAAAUGACAUCUACCCCAUCGAAGUGACAUCAAUCGAAGCUGGCUACACUACUAUCCUACUAAGUAUCGACCCAGCCAUCGCUGAUGUUUACGAUGCGUUUAUCCGCGUCACUUCUCUGCACUCGAUUGAGCUUUACCACUUCAGCGAGGUCAUUGGAUGGAUCUACUUUGUGGCCUGGUCCGUUUCCUUCUACCCACAAAUCUAUGAAAACUGGAAGCGGAAAAGUGUUGUUGGUCUCAAUUUCGACUUUCUGGCUUUAAACAUCAUCGGCUUCACCAUGUACUCCAUUUUUAACUGUGGUCUAUUUUGGAUUCCUUCCAUCCAGGAUGAGUAUUAUGAAAAACAUCCAAGAGGCAUGAUUCCUGUUUUGGCCCAAGACAUCUUUUUCGGCCUCCACGCGAUGUUCGCAACAGUUAUAACAAUCACACAAUGCUUCUUUUACGAGCGUGCAAACCAAAGAGUUUCGUGGACCGCAAGAGGCAUAAUAGUGGUGUUUGCUCUCUUCCUGUUGAUCAGCACUAUUGUGGCCGCCGCCACAGACAAACUCACUUGGCUUGACAUCCUUUACUUUUGCUCAUACGUCAAGUUGGCCAUCACUCUGAUCAAAUACAUUCCUCAGGCUUACAUGAAUUACAAAAGGAAGAGCACGGUGGGAUGGAGCAUCGGCAACAUUUUCCUUGACUUUACUGGCGGCGCUCUCAGCAUGAUGCAGAUGAUGGUCAACGCCCACAACUACAACGACUGGCAAUCUAUUUUCGGCGACCCUACGAAAUUCGGAUUGGGACUGUUCUCCGUCGUGUUUGACAUCUUCUUCAUAUUCCAACAUUAUGUGCUAUACAGACAAUCUCGCAAGGACGUUGCUGCUGAUCCUGAAAAACCCGAGAAAACUGGAAAAGAUGAAAUUCUGUGAUAGAUAUUUUGCAGCACUCUUACGAAAGAAUCGAGGGCGCCAAUUCUGAAGCAGCGCGGCCGAUUUACUCCUGAUUGCUGAUGCACGCGCACGUCUUGUAAAUGGAGACCUGCCGUCGGCGAGUUUGGUGAUCUGUGACUGAACUGUGUUCGCUUUGGAUAAUUUUGAGCGAUAUAAACCUUUUAGUGAAUGCGAACAAUAAGCUGUUAAGAUUUAUUUGAUUUUAAUUGUGAUUCUCAUAUGAUUUAGCCUAUAUUAUAAUUUAAUUUUUAGAGUGUAAUGAUAUCACGUAUAAAAUAAAUCACAAAAAUAAUUUUGU